GAUGAGUCCGGUAAGGAAACUACCAAAUCAACGACUAGAAAAGAACUAACACCAGCAAAGAGGAAAACGCAACAAAGUCCAAUCACCACCUACUUCAAAGAACGGAAAAUUGUUCAGACCCCAAGUGAAGCAAAGAAGGCGAAAUCGCCAAACGCAGGUAAAACCGAUUAUAAGUACAAAUAUAAGUCAUAUAAAUUCUUCAAUUUAUGUUUAUUCAGUGUCCAGGAUUUUUAAGUAAAAAUACAAAAGGGCUCAGAGCCCUAGGGAUUAGCACGGUCGCGAGAAGGAUUGGAAAGUUGCAUGCGACUUCGAUUCGCAGGUAUGACAUCUAGACCGUAAAAGGAGCACUGGUGGAGACAGGACGGUAAAAUGAGGGCAUCGUUGGCCUCAUGUUUAUUUUUUAUAAGAGACAGACGUCGUAAAAUAGGGAUCUUUACCUUUACCUUUGUUAGGCCCGGUUCAUACGCCGAACUUUUCAUGAGCCGAACCUAACACAUUGAAUAUAGUGGAUGAAACGUUCGGCGUCUGAAUCAAUUAGAAACGACUGUUUCUGGAACGACUCAGCCGUUCUUUUCGCCUAGCCCGGCCAGGAAUUUCGCCUUUGGAACGGCUUUGAUUCAGACGCAGAACUUUUCAUGUACAGAACCUAAUGCAUAAAUUGUUAUAACUUCUUUUGUAAGCAGUUUGACCGAAAUGAGCAACUUUCGCCUUUUAAACUUAGUUCAGCUGCAAUUAUGAUCGGCGUCUGAAUCAAUUCAGCCGGUCUAAAUAAUUUGGGUCGGCCUUAAUUCGAAUUACGUUCGGCUCAUAGAAAGAUCGGCGUCUGAACCGGGCCUUGGUAAUUUGUACUAGGGCUAAAUUAAAGACAUAAUUUGCUUUGGUCCACGUAAACGUCCUGAACAUCUAGUUCAACGUGUAUGCAUGUGUGUGUUUCUUUUUUGUAAUUCAAUUCAUGAUUCUUCAACUCACUGAUUCUUUUAUGUAUCACUCUUCAAAUGUUUUACUCAAAAUAGGCAGGUACACGGGGAAAGGGGAGCCAAAAUGAAAACAUGGACAGUAUCUCUAAUAUUCUUUGUGGUAACAGAUUGUUCUGUUUUCGGGUAUCGUCUCCUUAGCACUAGAGAAAGGAAAUCGUGACACUGAGACAGAGCAUCAGAAAAAAUCGUCCUCUGCUAAAACCUGCCCAAUGAAACUCUAUACUAUGAACCAAAGUGAAAGAGAGGCAUUUCAACACAACCUACAGUCUGCUGAUGAGAUCGCUUGCACCCUUGUUUAUGAGGGUGGAUGGUCACUGCUGAGACCUAAACCUCAGGUAAUAACUCUGUGCUUACUCACGGGUGUCUUUCAAACCAUUAGUACCGACACUUUCCCUUCUCUUAAGGGUUAUCCAGUACCGGCACAUUCUACAUAGUCUAGAUAUAAAAUAAAUUCAACAAUGAUGAAUUGGAGUAAUUAAGAUGACAAGAGCAAACAGUGUUGCUGUUAAGGCCACAUUCCAUUCAGCGAUCACUUACAGUCAUUAAUGAUCGAAAGCCAAGUGAAGAUGAUGUGUGACAGAGGCAAUGGGUGGGUAAAGGUCUCUAAAGAUGGGGCGAUCCAAAAUGAAGGCCAGAUCAAUUUUGUGUUUGUUUUGCGCUGGACGUGACCAUUUAGAAACCUUCGUAACCGGCAAUAUCCCUCAAUUUUCGCCGUUCUCAGCGACAAGAAUGAUAAUACACGACAUUUCAGGCAAAAACAGGUUUAUUUUGAUCUUAUGCGGGGAUGGGUAAAUAUUCAUCUCAUUAUAUUAUGAUAAUAUAAACCCUUCGAUAUAUCCAUACAUUUCCUCGGACAGUCACUUGGUUUCUGUAGGCCCCUCUCCACCUUACUCUCUUCAGCUGGCUCUUCAGCAUCUCCAGUUGCUAAAAUUCAUGUUAAUCAACUCUUGUAGAAAACAAAGAAACAAUCAGGAGCUGUCGCACAGGAAAAGGUAAAAUUUCAGAGAUAAUCAUUUAAAUUAGGUGGCACAUAACAUAAAAGCAUUCGGAGUUUUUACAAACAAUUAACGCCCAUAAGCAUCCCAUGGGGUGGUGGUAAAGUUUGCGUACCUGAUUUAGAAACGUAAUUAUGAGUGACAUAGAUCAUGUUUCUUUUCUCAGAUUACUGGGCUGGUUAUUGCACUUCCAUGGUCUGUAACAGCAGCCACAACAACUACUGAUUCUGCGCAACACCGCAAAAGUCGUCUAACGGUCGUGGAGAUACCACUAGAUUCAAAUGAGGAAGCGUUAGCAAAGUGGUGCAGGUAGAUCAUUGAAACAGAAUGAUGACAGGUUUAUUUCCACAUAUUGGCUACCAUUUAAACCAUACGAAGAUAUUCUUACGUUUGUAUAUGCUUUGCAUGUCGGGGCUUUCAAAUUCUGCUGACCGACACAAUUUACAGAGCAGUUUAUAACAUCGUUCUCUGUUACUCAGGGCUGUCCACGGUUAGUCUGUAUUUACUCGUAACCAGUCCCUCUCCCAAAUACAGUGUAUCCACAGUCUUGAUAAAUAUGGUAAGUUUAUUGUUAGCUUUUUCUUGCACUUUGGUCACAUAUUUAAAAAGGCAACCCUUUUUUCGAUCUGGUCAAUUUUAGGAAACUAGUGGAUGAUCUAAUGGCAUCUUCAACGACACGAAAAAUCUGCUACGAUGCGCAAAAGAUAGUUCGACAUUUAACAGAGACGCAAGGUUACGAUGUCAGAAAAGGUGAUUUGACAAACUAAGAAGUUGACGAUUUCUUAAGUUAUUAGUACUUCUCAUACUAUUCUAGCCAAAGGAAGAACAGCUAAAAUCAACUCGUCAAAAUAUGGCGAGAUCCCUCGGGGACCAAAUGCUGCUGAUGGUUCAUAUACAUAGCUGUCUAUAUAACUUGCAUUUCUACAUUAGCUUUAUUUUCUGUCAACAAUAUAAUGAUAACUUUUUUCCCAUUGUUUUAAGUUUGUCUUCAUUGGCGACUUCUUGACACAAAACUGGCUGCUUGGUUACUCAAUCUGGAUCAUCCUCCUCAGUCCUUUGCUGAAGCACUCACAUCUGUUCAACUCUAUUUUCCAGAGGUACAUACUCAUGUAAGCCACAAUUCAAGAAGCUAAUAAAAAGAUUGAAUAACCCCUGUGAUAAGGUGCAAGCUUUUAGAACAACAUAACGCUGGAAAUGAAAAAUCGCUUAUAACAUUCCAUGGAUGGUAAUCAUUUAGAACUCUCAUAAAGUUUUUGUCCUACCCAGAUCAGUGUGCAGGUUUCACUAUUUUUCCCUCUUUUCAGGUUUAAAUACUUGUAUUACACCCACAAAUAUUUUCCAAAGCUACGUUAUAGGUUUAAUGAAAAGCGACGAGAAACAUUCAUACUUUUUUUCUUUCACAGGGUGCACAUGAGGAUAAUAUGAUUUGCAAGGACAUUGCAAUGCUUGGUCCUCUUAUGUUGAAACAAUUUAACAAGCUUAAGGUAAAAAUUAGGAAAUAAACUACGUGUGCAAAUUAUACAAACAAGCGGAUAUUUUAUAAGCACGACUCAUUUGUUCUUGUAGAUUCUGUCGCUUUGGGACUUGUUUAUCAAUGUGGAGAGUCCGCUUUGCUCGAUGCUAGCAGGUACGUAACGGUUGGUUAAUUAUCAGUUCAUGUACAGCCUUCUGUUGUGCCAGUCAGAGUGGCAUUGGGGGCUUCGUGGAGAUUAGCCUGUUUUUAAAAGAUAGCGGAGAGUUGCAUGACAUGGAGAGCGGAGGAAAAAAAGCGCCGUGUACUGUCUACUAACGCCUGGAACAGUCUAACUGGAGAUAGUUUGAAAUGUCAAGCGAAUUAAUUUCCUUUAUAACACUUGUAACGGCUGAGGUUUUUUGUGUUGAACAAGAGCUCUCUUACUCAACAGGGUUUCUUAACUAGAAUUUAUUCGCUCAACUGAAUUUUACUCUUCUAUAAUUCAAGUUAUGGAGACUCAAGGAAUUAGCGUCGAUUCGCAAGUCUUAAUUGAUGCGAGCAACACCCUUAAGGUAAAUGCAUUUUUCUCCUCUUUAAUGGAACAAUUCGUUAUUAUGAAUCUCAAUUAUUUUAAGAACUUUUGGAGUAGAUCGCGCGAAAGUUUUUCUCUUUUUUUUUUGCAGAUGAAAAUACAAAAGGUCGAAGGAGAGGCCCACAAGGUAAGGUAAAAGUGUGGUAAAUUCAACUAACAAAGUUUUAUACUCUAACGUAUCGAAAAAUGGCAUGCUCCACGCCGUAAAUAGGUACUCCCUCUACGCUAACAAAAUCUCUUUAAGCCGAGAGAGUAAAACAGCGGGAUAAAAUGAAAGAGAAUAAGUUGAAGGUCGAAAGAGCUUCUGCCUGCAGCCAACAAAUUAUCUCAACUACUGUCAUCUUUUUUAUAAUUUAAACUGUCAUAGUUUCAGAAUGGGAAUGUGAUGUCAGUGAAAAUAAAUUUAAAUAUUCUAUUGGCUGCAGGCUGCAGGACAUCCUUUUCUCAUUAACAGUCCACAGCAGUUAAGAGAGGUAAAUUAACCUGAAUUUGUUUUUAUUAUUAAGCGAUUUUGGUAUAUUUAUAUAUACUUAACUCCUAUUUAACUUCAUUUAAUUUUAAGUCAGUUAUAAAGAAUAUGUACUAAAUCUUUGCAUUUUUCACUUUUUGCUACGCAGGUGCUGUUUGAAGAGUUGAAACUUGACCAACAGUGCAAGAAAAAGUUGGCAAGGACAUCAAUUAAGAAUCAGAAGUCUACCUCAGAAGCUGUAGUAUGUACAUUACACUGACUAAACUCCACUAAAAUUCCUAUGUGUUCUUCUUAGUUUAAAUACACUGACAAGUUUAACUCUGCUUUCAACCUUUCGCUACGUCGAUCUAUACAACUGAGCUCACCUGGACUAACAGAAAAAUAUAGGAAACAUAUAGUUUGGCCGCUCUAUCAAUGAUACAUAUAAUAUACAAACAUCACACACAUACAUACAUACUUUUAGUAACAAGAGCAUUUUCCUCUCCGGAAGAUUCUUUUGUUUUGGUUUGAAUAGACAGAAACAGUCUUUGUGAUAUGCUCAUUGUGAUAGAGGCUUUCAUGGAGCUGAACACUUAAAUCUUCAACAACGGGCACGACUGAUAUUUCGUUGUCAAGGAAUGUUUUUCUGAAUGAUGGCAGUCUCUGCGGAACUUGUGACACUCCAACUGCCAGAACUUUAGUUUUAUCUGGAUUAAUCAAAAGGGAAUUUUCACAGUACCAAGCAUUCACAAGUUUUAUAGGCUGCUUAAAUUUAUCUUUCAUUAAAACCGCCUUCCAACACAUUUUAAGUCGUUAAGCAUUUUAUCUAUUUCCUUUCUUAUCUUAACAGUUGCUUCACUUACAAGAUCUUCACCCUUUGCCAAGAAUUGUCCUGCAAUACAGACAUGUGUGUAUGAGUUUUUCUUACUAGACCUUCCUAAAUUAACCAAUACCUAAAUAUAUUUCAAAAACUCCUAGUCCUAUGAGAAUAUGUCAGUGAUCAUUGACCAUUCUAAAAAAAAAUCUGCACCAAGCUUGUCUGUGAUCAGGCUAUCUUGCAUGAUGCUGGCAACUAACGAAUCUCAUUCUCGAGAACCUACUUACGACAACGCCCAGUAUAAGAUCUCAAAUUGGCCUUUUUUUAAGAAAACGUUACAGUUCAUUCGAACGUGUUUGGCAAAGCACUGUUAACCAUUUAUAGUCAUUUAUAUGUUUUUUUUUUGUUUGCAUUUUUCUGUUUUAUCAACAGUUGGUGAAAUUAAAGUCAACAUAUUUCGACGGAAUUCUUUCUCAUGUCAAUAAGGUAACUAUAUAACUACCUUCACUAGCUAACAUCAGUUUGAUACCUGAACCUGUGCCCCAGUAUUUCAUUGUUUUUUCGUGAUCGUUUCCUAAAUGUUUAUCAUUGUCUGUUUUUAUCUCAGAGCGUUCUCUUUACUAGCUGGUAAGUGAGGCCGUUUGUGAAUUACAAUUUAUUGCUUGCCACCUAAUGUACAGCUUUUAAAAAAUAUUCCAGGCGUGCAACAAACAAAACAGUGCAACAACGUCUGUUCUGAACUGACACAAUUUUAAUUGCAGGGACCAAACAGCUGCUGCCACAGGACGACUUACCUCAGCUAAUCCGGUAGGUGGUGCUUCAUUGCUAUCCCCCUUAAUCCGGCCACUAGGGCUUUAUUCCGUGGACCAGUUUGACCCUCCCCCCUCCCUCUUUAAAAAUGAAAAUCUCGUUCAAGUGCUUAGAGGUGUAUUAAAGCCCGGUGCCUGUCUUAGUCUUUGAAUCAUAGUGACUUGAAAUAAGCCCCUCCCAUCCCAUUAUAUUCACUGGCCAUUGAUUUAGCAGGAAUAUAAUCCGCCCCUAUUAAAGGCCGGAAGGAACUGAAAGUUCUCCAGACGCAAAUACAGUUUUUACUUUACCCAUUCACUUCUUCAUACUUUCGAUUACAGUGAACUGUAAAGAGGAUUUUGAUGUGAUCAUGUUUUUCUCUUUUCGGAAAAUAAAAAACAGAAUCUCCAGGCUAUACCGAAACAAGUGAUCGAAGUUACUGGAAUAAAGAAACAACUCAUUGUAGGCAAGUUACAAAUUUUAAUAACAAUACACUUUAUUUAAGAAGAGUAGGGCGGAAAAGUUACAUAAACUAGUAAACUUCGGGUCAACAACUAAAACAAGGCGUGAAGGUACUAAGUAGAAGUAAAAAGUGUUAAUCGAACAACUAAACAACGAGGAAAAUGCCAUCUUUUUUACUACUUUACUGAGGCUUUGAUUUGGCAAUCUCGUACUUUUGUUAAUGUUAAUAUUAAUAGUGUUAUAAGCAUAAGUGAACGUUUGGUGGCAACAUGCCACACGACAUGCCGUAAGGGACCAUUAUAUAAAUGUACUAUAAAAAAUAAUAUAGCAUCCAUAUGAUUUUUGGGUACAAGUUAAUAUUACGUCCACGAAUCGAAAUGGUUAAAGUUCAGCAAUCUGUAAGUGCUACCUAUAGAGCCGGAAAAGGAGUUCACAAUGCCAAAUUGUUUUUAUAUUCAAGGCAAACCAGAAGAAGUGAUAACCAUUAAUCCUCGAGCAGCUUACAGGAGUCGUCACAGUUGGUUUUUACUUGCGGCAGGUAUUUCCUAUGGAAUGUAUCUUAGUUUUCUGGUUAUGCUUCUUGUAGUUAUAUAACUAGAACUAGCUCUGAAACAAUGAAAACUGUUCAUCUAAACAUAUGGUUCGUUUUCUUUGCCUGAAGUAAUGAGAAGCACCUAGCCAGAAAUCGGGCCCAUAAAACAAACGCAGUAUCAAGUUCCCUUUACUCUACACUUAUUGGAAGACUUUGCUUGCGUUUAAAUACGGAUCUAACUCUUUUCUAUCUCCAUAGAUUUUCAGUCCAUCGAGCUUCGUUUGCUGUCUCAUGUGUCAGAAGAUCCAUCCCUUUUACAUAUAUUCAACGACAAGGAAAAUGCAGAUGUAUUUACAACCCUUACUUCACAAUGGUAAUUGUCUAAGACAAUCGAUUUUAAGGGGACUGCACGGCCCAUAACCUUUUAAUUAGAUGUGGAAUGUUUCUCUGGAAAGCUAUAUUUACUGUUCGUUGCUUUCAAAAUAUAUUACAGCAUUUGACUGAAGCUCUUACAAGGAGAUUUCACUAGUUAACUAGUGGUUCUCUACGUGCACUCCAUAAAGGGCAUUCCGAGAUUUUGGUCAUUUAUAAGAUUUAUUCCACUCGAUUUAUGUCAGAGUCUACAAGCAUAAUAUAUCAUCAUCCUCUUUUAAGAUAUCAGUAUCUGGCAGUUUGUUCGCCGAUUUUUCGUGCAUUUUAGGUUGGGAAAAAGUUGCGAUGAUGUCCACUUUCAAGAAAGAGAAAGAACCAAACGAAUUGUUUAUUCUGUAAUCUACGGUGUCGGUAAGCAAGAUAAUUCAGUUUUCAACUGAGAUCUAAAUAGUUUACUAUGCUGUUUGAUUUUAGUUGGCAAGUAGAUUUUGUUAUCAGUAAAACAAAGUGCGUCAUAAUAGCAUUUGCAUGUUCGUCUGAUUAACAGGAAGUGAAAAACUUGGUCAAACUCUUAAAGUGACUUCAGCUGAAGCAAAGGGAUUCAUGGACAGUUUUUUAGGUAUGUCAACAAUCGAAAUAAAUGAAUGACAGUCUUGUCGAGUUCGUUAGAUUCUUACUGAGGUACGCUGGGCAGAUAAAGGAAUUGCCCGCGUGGACUGCGGCCACCCCUCUUUUUAGUGUAUUUACUAUAAUUUUCCCACAAUUUUCAUUAAAAUAAAUAACACCUAUAUAGCUGGCAAUUGUACCUGCCACUCCCUUCUGAAUUUUCUGGAUCCGCCCCUGGGUACUUCACUCGUAUCUUUUACAAGUGAGGAAGAAAAAAUUAAUAUUCGUCAAUCCAUUUCAGGGCGAUUUCCCCGAAUAAAAGAAUUUACACGUCGAAGUAUUGAUAGUUGCCGGAAGGACGGUGAGUGUAAAGCCCCUGUUGAUAGAAUCUUAAAACUUAAAGCACUGAAACUGUCAUUAGCCGCCUUAGUGACCCCCAUGGUGGCAAACGAAAUACACUUCUAGCGCGCUAAUUAUAUCUAUUGGUGCUUCAAUGAAAGCCCAGUAUGUGUGCACACAUUCUUCAUUUGUACGGGAGAGAGAUAUGAUACUUGACCUGAACGCUUAUCAACUUUAACUGUUCUUUUUACAGGAUACGUCACAACUAUUUUUAACAGAAGAAGAUGGCUGCCACAUAUUAACUCUGUUGAUUUUGCCCAGCGAUCACAGGCUGAACGUCAGGCUGUCAACUUCAUUGUUCAGGGUUGGUAAAGUACUUCAGAAACAAAUUUUUGUUUCGUCAAACCUCGAGUAUUGAUGGAGCUUGUUAAAAGUUAUUCCCAGCGAAAAUAUUUUUCAAGUGACUCUAGGGAAGAUACUGGCGGAAAAAUUCAAUAUGCAGAAAAGAUGUUUAUCACACCCCUUUGUUUUAAAACGGUUUCAUUCCGAACGAAUAAACAAGAGAGCUAAUAUUGUUCCUUCACUUACUUCCUUUCUUCCCCUCCCUCCUUCCUUCCUUCCUUCUUUCCUUCCUUCCUUCCUUCUUUACUUUCUUCUUCCUUCCUAAAAUAUCAUUAAAAUAUCAACCUUUAAUCCCAAGGGUCGGCAGCAGACAUAUGUAAAGCAGCCAUGAUCCAGGUCAUGUCCUCUAUAAGCGCGGAUGCCUCUGUUCACGCCAGGUAAAGUCUCAAUAAUCUGUGACGCUGAGCAUGACACGGCCAGUUAUGUUGCAUUUCAAGUAAAUUUUUGAUUGGGCAGCAGAUAUGAUAAGGUGACAAUGUAAGCGAUAUUCUUAUUUCCUGACAGGCUGCUUCUACAGAUACACGAUGAACUCUUAUUAGAGGUUCCUGAAGAUGAAAUCAACACAGUGACAGGUACAGUGAAUGAUGCUUUUAGAACUUGA